AUGUCUAACGCAGAUCCGCCUAAGACUGUUGCUGGCGCUGCUACAGACCGCGCGGAGCAGCUGGCAAGGGAUCUUGCCCGUGCCAAAGAGGCUGGAUGGACCAACCCAAUCCCCUUCCAGUAUGACACUGUUGUCGGCGGCACGCCUGCUGCAGACGAGACUCGCGACGCUGCUCCCUGGCUGUCAGAUGCCGCCGUCUAUCAGUGGGACGAUGAGUUUGGCGAUGUUGGUGAGCCCAAUCCUGAGCUUGAGAAGAUGCUCUUCCAGGAUGAAUAUCUGCAGCGUGCCGGCAGUGCGAUCAGCGCUCUCUCAUUCGAAGUCACUGUUCAAGGCCCUACCAAGAUCAACCCUGUUCGCAACUUUGAGGAUGCCGGUUUGCACCCGAUCAUGCUUGAGAAUGUCAAGUUGUGCCAGUAUGGUGCUCCAACUCCUAUCCAGUCGUAUUGCAUCCCAGCCAUUCUGACUGGCAACGACGUGGUCGCUAUUGCGCAGACCGGAUCUGGAAAGACGGCUGCAUUCCUGGUUCCCAUCCUCUCAAAGCUCAUGGGUAAGGCUCGUCAGUUGGCAGCACCUCGACCCAACCCAGCCCGCUACAACCCUCUUACAGACCGGGUCCGUGCCGAGCCUCUGGUAUUGAUUGUGUGCCCUACUCGCGAGCUUGCUACUCAGACAUUCGAUCUGACUCGUCGCCUGUGCUACCGUACAAUGUUGCGCCCUUGUGUUGUGUAUGGCGGUGCUCCCACGAGGAAUCAGCGCGAGCAGCUCGAGAUGGGUUGUGAUAUCCUCAUUGCCACUCCAGGACGCCUCAUGGACUUUAUGCAGAACAACAAUCUCCUUUCGCUCCGCCGCCUCAAGUUCACCGUCAUCGACGAAGCCGACGAGUUGCUUUCAAGUGGCUGGGAGGAAGCCAUGGAGAAAGUGUUUUCUGGUGCUGACGUCAACUCCGAUGCGGAUCAUACCAUUGUCAUGCUCUCUGCUACCUUCUCCAAAGCCGCUCGUAGGCUUGCCAAGGAGUACAUGGAAGAAGGCUUUGUUCGAAUCAAAGUAGGAAGGGUCGGUAGCACUCAUCGCAACAUCAAGCAGGAGAUCCGCUUCGUUGAGGACGAUGAUAAGAAUAAGGAACUCUUCGAUUUGCUCUUCGAUGGAGGCCCACAGCGUUCCCUCAUCUUCGUCAAUACCAAGUUCAAAUGCGAUAAGGUCGACGACUUUCUGUACAACAAAGGCUUGCCCGUCACUUCGAUCCACUCAGAUCGCACUCAGCGUGAGCGCGAGGAUGCUCUCCGUUCGUUCCGGACUGGACGUUGUCCUAUCCUGGUCGCCACUGGUGUCACUGCUCGUGGUCUCGAUGUCGCCAACGUCAAGCAUGUCAUUAACUACGACCUACCCUCAAGUCAGCACGGUGGCAUUACCGAGUACGUUCAUCGCAUUGGCCGCACCGCGCGUAUUGGCAACGAAGGGAAAGCCACCUCUUUCUUCAACGACGGCAACCAGGAUAUUGCCGAAGAUCUGGUCAAGGUUCUCAUUGAAUCGGGACAGGAGGUGAGCGACUUCCUUGAACAGUUCAAGCCUCAAAACCCGUCGGCCAUUGAGUGGCAUGAUGGCACUGACGAAGAGUCUGACGAUGGCCUGGGUGGUGGUUUUGGCGGAGAAGCUGGCGGAUUUGACAUUAGUGCCACUUUUGGUAACGAGGCAGCUGCUGGCUUUGGUAGUGCUGGGGGCUUUGGUGGUGAGAGCUUCUCUGCAGAUGCUGACGACAAGGUUGCAUCUUGUGUCGAUGCGCACAUGGAAGAAGUAUUUUGCCCGUAUCCAGCUACCAGAAGCGCCCUCAAUCUGGGCAGCUUGGACACGCCAUGCUUCGCCUAUCUACGUUGUACCUUCUGGCACUCGAUCGCGUAUUUUUUCCGGCUCCCAUUCCACAUCCAAUGGCGGACGGCGCUCGUACAACUUCCGCGCUUCGUGCCGCUGUCCAUCCUGCACCUGACAUCGCCGAAGGGUCCGCAUCCAUUCCUGAUUGCGCUGCCGAGCCGCAAGGGGCAUCUCAUCUACGCGUACACAUUCGUGCCGCCGGCACCGGCGGAUGCAGAUGCAGAGAGUGAGCAGCAGCGGAAAGAGACGGGCGAAUGGCAUGUACCGGUUGUUUUGGACUUACAUGGAGGCGGCUUCAUUAUGGGAUCGCCGCUUGAACAGGCACCAUAUGCAUCGAUGAUGUCGCGUGAGCUUGGGGCCGUGGUGCUGAGCGUAUCGUAUCGCAUCGGACCGUUCCACCAGUUUCCCGCGGCGAUUCACGAUGCAGAGGAUGUGCUAUCUGCAAUUCUAGAUACGAGCGGGACAUCAGAGGCAGGCAAGGUCCUACGGCAAGAGGUGCAGAGAUACUACUCCAUGGUGCGGACGAAUGUGCUGGAGGGAAAGAACAAAAAAGAGCCAGUUCUUCCGCACAUCCAGCAUGCCACGGAUAUGGUGCUUGAUCCCACGCAUCUGGCGAUAUCUGGUUUCUCAGCCGGAGGCAACAUAGCGCUCAACAUGGCGAUAUCGAUUCCACCCUGUCCACAGAUGGGAAUGAUGGAAUCACAAACACUCGGGCCUGCGGAUCGCGAUUGCAUGUCACCGACACUCCCGGCAAACCGCAGAGCAACAAUUCUAGACGAUCCAUUCCAGUCAUGGCCGUCGCUCCUCCCACCACCCGAAGCGCAACCGCGACUGCUCCCACUGCUACUCUUCUACCCGUCUCUCGACGCACGGCUGCUGCCGCACGAACGCCCACGGAGGCCUAUGCCAAACGCGCUCAAACCAGACGACUACCACGUUGAGAAGCCAAGACAACCAGGUCUAUUCUCUAUCUUGGGACCAACGUACCUGCCCAAGAAACUACGGGCGCAUCCUCGCGCUAGCCCCGGUCUCAACGACCCAGAGCACAUCCAGAAGAACGCAGCUAUUUUUCUUGUGCUACCGGAGAAGGACUCGCUAGCGGUGCAGAGCGAUGUGUGGGUGGACAAGAUGAAUAGUAGCAACUGGACGGGUCCCGUACGCUUUGGCGAUGGCCGAGCAGGUGACUGGGACGGCACCACCACUGCCACUACCACUACCACGAGCGGUGAUGGUGAUGGUGAUGGCAAUGGCCAAAGCCAAGAAUGGUGCUCGAAUGCAUCCCAUGCCAAGAAUGGCGGACUGGAGAUUUGGCACGCUCCCGGUUGCAGGCAUGGGUGGACGCAGUUCCCCAAUACCUUUGUGCCGGAGCAUGAGGCGCGCGAGCGUGAUGCAGUGUUUGCACGGGCCGUGCGGUUUGUGAGGGAGAAGUGGGAGAGGGAGUUGGCACUGGAAUGCUAG